UAAAUACCCUUACUGUUCAGCACUGCCCAUGAAAAGAGAAAGACACCGUAAACCCUCCUUAAUUCCCAAAUGCCAAGAUUGAAAAAUUUAAGCUCUCUUUUCCGUUCAGCGGCGAAAGUCACUCCGGUUACCACCACAGCAACCACCCCUAAAACCAAACCAGCUAAUGAUACAAAAUUUAAACAGUAUGUAUCAUCUCUCGACACCUCAACUUUUCAAUUCAGUUCUCGUUCCGUGAAUAAACCCUCAAAGAAAUCCCGAAAAUCAUCACCACUGCCACCGUCCGAUUCUAGAAGAGCUCCUCCAUCAUUGACCGUUCGUCCUAUCUUACCAGAACUCAUUCUCCAAGAGUCCUCUUCAGAUUCUGAGGAUGCAGCCAAGGAGCUAGCAGAGCACAUUUCAUCUAUAUUAGGCGUUGACUCUGCAGAUGGGUCUUCAGCUAUCGCACCUGAUUCACAAGGAACCAGUAGUAUUAAAUCUUUAGAAAUUGGAUUUGACAUACCUUGGUUUCAAAAUUUGUCACAUGGGAAUGUUAAUCAACAAAGGAAAGAAGUAUCUCGCACAAGGAAACAAAAAUGGAUUUUCAGUUCUGGUCAGAAAACUCGUUUUGACCAACUAAUUAGAAUGAUUGACCAGAAGCUAGGGUCAGAAGCCAUCCUUGAACUGUUUAGCAAAUUGGGACGUGAAACCGGUGUGAAAGAAUACAAUGCAUUAAUAAAGAUUCUCAUUGAGAAGGCUAGGGCAAGUGAUGAUAAGGAUGUUGCAUUAAAACACAUUAUCGUUGCUUUUGAAUUUUUGAAGUUAAUGAAGGAGGAGGGUUUUCGCAUAGAUGAGGAAACAUAUAGUCCAUUUCUUAUGUAUUUAAUUGAUAUGGGUAUGGUAACAGAAUUUGGAAGUUUCUGUGAAGCUAUUGAAGAGAAUGACUCUAGUUCACUUGCAAGAUUAGGUUACUACGAGAUGCUGCUUUGUAUUAGAGUCAAUAAUGAAGAAAAGAUUCGGGAGCUUUGCAGUUAUAUUGCUAACAACAAUUUGAAUGAGACUUUCGAUUUACUAGAAAAUUAUUUGUUAGCACUUUGUGAAAGGGACCGGAAGAAUGAGCUCCUGCAGCUGUUAGAAAUUGUAGAUAUUACAAAAGUCUCAUCUUUGGAGCACAUGGUCAGUAUCUUUAAUUCCUUAGGAAGGCUAUUGUUGGAGUCCCUGGCAAAGAAGUUCCUUUCAACAUUCAAAGAAUGUGAUUAUGACACAGAGAAUAUAUCUACUCUCAUCUUUAGUUAUGCUACUAGCGUCCCAAAUUUAGCGGUUGAGGAUGCCAUUUUAAAAUUCAAAAACUUGCACGUAAUGCUGGAGAUGCCACCUUCUUCAAAGUCAUAUGAGAAGCUCAUAAUAUAUAGUUGUGAUUUACUCAAGGUGCAUGCAGCUCUUGAUAUAGUCGAUCAAAUGUGCAAAGCGGAUUUAACCUUAUCUAUAGACGUGUUAAAUUCCAUAUUGCGUGCUUGUGAGGAAAGCUUUGAGUUUAAUUUGGUUCAACAGAUUUAUUCAUUGAUUUGCCACCAUAACUUGACACCAAAUAAUGAGACAUUCAGGAGCAUGAUAAAGCUGAGGGUGAAAAUGAAAGAUUUUUGUGGUGCACAUGAUAUGCUUGAUGAUCUGAAGAAAUUCAAAUUGACACCUACAGCAAGCAUGUAUAAUGCUAUAAUGGCUGGAUGCUUUCGAGAGAAAAACAUCAAUGGUGGGUUGAUGGUUCUCAAGAAAAUGGAACUUGCAGAUGUAAAACCUGAUUCUCAAACUUAUAGCAAUUUAAUAGCCAACUGUAACAGUGAAAAUCAAAUUAGCAAGUACUAUGAAGAACUGAAGUUUGUUGGAAUUCACGUUUCAAAGCAAAUUUUCAUGGCACUUAUAAAUGCAUAUGCAACUUGUGGGCAGUUUGAGAAGGCAAAACAGGUACUCUUAGACAAAGGGAUUCCUAUUGAGAACGUUAUUGAAAUUAAAAGUGCACUUGUCUCAGCUCUUGCAUCACAUGGACAAAUGUCUGAUGCCCUUGUUGUAUAUGAAGAAAUCAAGGAAGCUGGAGGCAAUAUGGAGCCAAAAUCUGUCAUAUGUCUUAUCGAGCACUAUCAAUCUGAAGGUGAGCUAAGUAGAUUGCUUAAACUGCUGGAGGAAUUGCAAGACCCCAACUAUUGUGUGGAUGGUUGCUGCAGAGUUAUGUUGUGGUGCAUACGGAACAAGCAUCUAAGCUCUGCUGUCAAUCUACUCAAGCAACUCAAGGAUAGAUUAAGCAGUGAUGAAUUGACCAUGCAAGUUAUUUUUGACGAGGUUUUCUCAUUAAUUGCUGAGAUGGAGCCUACAGAUUUACUGAUUGGCUUGGACUUACUUCAAGUCAUUAAAGACGAGCUUUGUGUUUGCCCAUCACGAAAAUCUCUUGAUUUUCUCCUCAGUGCUUGUGCCAAGGCCAAAGAUUUGACCAACUCUCUUUUUAUCUGGAAAGAGUAUCAUGCAGCUGGUUAUCCUUACAAUGUUAUUAGUUAUUUAAGAAUGUAUCAGGCCCUUUUGUCUUCAGGAGACUAUAGAUCUGCAAAAGUUAUUCUAGCUGAAAUUCAAAAAGACGAUCCUCAUGUUCGCAGGAUGAUCCAAGCCUGUCAAAAAACUUAUAUUCAAUCCCAUUCUUCAUCAUCGACUCAUCAAUAGUCUUGCCAUGAGACAAUGUAUAGUUAUAGUCAUUGCCUCAUAAUCUUUAUCCUUGAAAAGGGAAGAGUUAGUAACAGGAGCACAAAGACUCUUUUGUGCUAGAACAUCGACAGGCAAGGUAGUACAGCUAGCCCCUGCAAAGUUCACUUUACGACUACAGGUAGCAAAAGCUGCAUCGUGAUUCAAGUAGGCAAUAGGCAAUAAGCAAUCUGACUCUAGCUUAGUGCAAUACUGUCAAUUAUAAGCAAGCCAUUGGAUUGGAGCAUCUACCGAUAGCCGACUAGCUGGAAAGGUCCUAGCCGAAAGGUAAUCUGUUGAAGAAAGAAGUCUUGUUGGAUCGAAUUACUAGUAUACGAUUUUGAAUCACCAAAUUGAUAAAUAGCAUUAAAGUUGCAAGUCUUUAGAAAUGUGCAUUCGAAGCUUGACGAACAAUAAGAACUAGAAGGGAGCAGAGAAUCUAAGGUGGUAAAUUAUGUAUCAAACUUAGUAUUUGCAAGUGCACGAACUGUUUAUAUAGUAAAAUGGUAAAUUCACAUA